AGGGGCAUCGAGCCGGCUCUUUCAAGCUAGUUAAAAAAAAGCGAUACAGUAUGAAAAGGAGGAAAAUAUGAGCACCUUGAUUUUGUUGAUGAUUCAAAGGUAGGGUGGAGAGCCUGGAAAAUAAAAGAGCUACUGGGCAAAGUACAGAAUAUUUAAGGACUGUCCACCCAUCGGUGCAAAUGAUAGGGGAAAUCCAAAAUUUUCAGUUCCUGUUCCUACUGGAGCUCUUGCUAUUGAUGCGGCAGUGGCUACGGUAUCAUGCAUUUCACCACAACAACGCCAAAGUUGAAAGUAAAUAAAUUAAAACAAUUCCAUGUUUUUUUUACAUUAGUAAUUUGCGCAUUAUUUUACAUUUUGAUGAUAAUAAUUAGAGUAAGGACGAAGUCCUCUCUUGAGUGAGCCUAGCCUAAAAAAAAAAGAUGUUUCUAGUUUCUCUAGAGCCGGAAUUCCCAUCACUGGUAUCCAUCCGCCACAGCGCGGAUCACAUGACUGAAGAAACGGCGCAGGCACACACUUUGAGGCAGAAGCAACCCGCUGCAGCUAUUUUUUCUACGGUCUCAAGUCACGUUCCUGUUUUAGCUGUUUAGAUGUGUUCUGAAAGUUUUUGUGUAGCUUCUUUUUGCGACUCUAGGACGUCACUAUUCUAUACUGUAACUAGAUUAGGUUGUUGGAUGAGUCUAAAGUCUGAUUAGUCUAAAGUCUGAUGUAGGAGUGUUUUGUCCGCAUAACCACCGCGGUUACCUUCAGAUAAACUGGUAUAACUUAGCUUAUAGCUUAUUAUUAUUAUUUUUUAUACAAACGGGAAAAUGAAACUGAUUAUCCUCAAUGACUACGAGGCGUCGAGCGAGUGGGCUGCAAAAUACAUCAGGAAUAAGAUUUUACUUUUCAAACCUGGACCCUCCAGAUAUUUUACCCUUGGCCUUCCUACUGGAAGCACUCCGUUAGGCUGCUAUAAGAAACUGAUUGAGUAUUACAAGAACGGAGAACUCUCUUUCCAGUUUGUCAAGACGUUCAACAUGGAUGAAUAUGUUGGACUUCCCAGAGAUCACCCGGAGAGCUACCAUUCCUUCAUGUGGAAUAACUUCUUCAAGCACAUCGACAUACGAGCAGAGAACACACACAUCCUCGAUGGCAACGCUGCAGACUUACAAGCAGAGUGUGACGCUUUCGAGGAGAAAAUAACAGCGGCUGGGGGCAUUGAGCUGUUUGUUGGAGGAAUUGGGCCAGACGGCCACAUAGCCUUCAACGAGCCUGGAUCCAGCCUGGUGUCUCGGACGAGGGUGAAAACUUUGGCAAGGGAUACCAUUGUGGCCAACGCCAGAUUCUUUGAAGGAGACCUCUCCAAAGUGCCCACCAUGGCACUGACUGUUGGAGUGGGCACCGUCAUGGAUGCAAAGGAGGUGAUGAUUCUCAUCACUGGGGCUCACAAGGCCUUUGCUUUGUACAAAGCCAUAGAAGAAGGCGUGAACCACAUGUGGACUGUGUCCGCAUUCCAGCAGCACCCACAAACUGUCUUUGUAUGUGACGAAGACGCCACUCUGGAACUGAGGGUCAAGACUGUGAAAUAUUUCAAAGGGAUGAUGCAUGUGCAUAACAAGCUGGUAGAGUUACCUGAUUUGGAGCUCAAGAAAUGAGGAUUUUUUUUUUUUGAUUACGCAUUAAAAAAAACAAACAUUCCAAUGAUUCGUUCAUUCUCUGGCAGUGAAACGUGUGGAUAAUCAAGUUGUUGUUUACUAUUCUUUCACAUUUAUAAUAAAGUGAUUUGAAGUUGCA